CCCGACCCGACCAGAGCCCUGCCCUCGCCUAGCCUAGCCUAGCCUCGCCCACGUCGCCCAACUGCAAACAAUGUAACCAAGAUAAUCUUCCAAAACACUGAUGGAUACUUGCUGAUCUGUUUGGAUUAUGAGUAGAGUUAGUUUGGCAAUUGCUGAAAAUGGAAGAAGAAGGGCAAAAGUGGAACACUGAUUGCGUCUAUUUCCUCGCCUCUCCUCUCACCUGCAAGAAGGGGAUUGAUUGUGAGUAUCGACACUGUGAAAUUGCAAGACUUAACCCGAGGGACUGUUGGUACUGGUUAGCUGGUAACUGUAUUAAUCCAGCCUGUGGUUUUAGACAUCCUGUAAGCUCGUAUUCUGUUAUGAUUACCUACAUGUUGAUUAGGACAUCGGGCCUUGGUUUUUUAUCAAUUCUGUUCCAUCCGCUGGAUGGACAUCUCACUGAAUCACGAUCUGAAUCUGGUCCAUUUCCAUAUCAAUCUUCUACGCCUGCAAAUAAGACCACUGUUCCCUGUUAUUUUUACUUCAAUGGCUUCUGCAACAAAGGUGACAGGUGCUCCUUUAUGCAUGGUUCUGAAGGAAAUGCACCUGCUGGGAUAUAUUCAAGGACAACCUAUGCAAUUACUGAUGCUCUACCCAUUGGAAACAAGGCAUCUUCAGGAAUUGACACUGGCUCAGCAUCAACAGAAAGAUGUCCUAAUCUAGUAGAAACUGCCACAAUGCCAGCAAUGGUUAUGAGCAUCCAGGCCAAGGAUGAUCUUCUGCAAUCAGCACCUAGAAGCAUUCCAAUGCAAAGUACCUCCCCACAGAUAUCUCUGUCUGAGGGUGAAGAAGCUGCUGCUGUUAAGUCAGACCUCAGAGCUCCAGUAGAAGGCUUUAUGGAAACUAGAUCUCAUGUAUGCACAGAUUGGAAUUCUGAGGAACAAGUGGAUGGCCAUAUUGAGCUGGAAGAGCCAUGGGAAUCAUCCCCAGGUUUUGAUGUUCUUGUGGAUAGUUACAAAAGAUCAGAGAAGUUGAGUUAUGAGGAUGAUCCAGAGCACUUAGUGAACAUGAAUAGAGAGCACAGGGCACUUAACAGCCAUUUUUUGGGUUGUGAUUUGGAAGAUCAAGUUGAGUAUACAUAUCCUGAUGCAGAACUUCUAUAUGAUCGGCAGAUGUACAGUGAUUAUGAUUCUUUGGACAACGGACACAUUCUUGGUAAUGUCAGGAAACCUUCAAUCUGUGCAAGAGAAAGGAUGUUGGAUUCAUUAUUUUCUCGAAAAAGGAAAUUCUUGCAACAAAAAGUAGCAGUAAAUGACUGGAGUGUGGAUCUUCGUGAUUACCUGAGGAGACGCAGAGUAAUUGAUGAUCAUCAGAUUAUUAGUUCAUCAAGGAAGCAUGAUUCGUGUAGAUUGGUUGUUCAAAGGCAGGAAAGGGCUCGAAAGCAUGUUAUUGGUCAGCAGCUGCACAAAAGAUUGACAGCAGUAGUUGGAAAGAACUAUGUAGAGUCAUACGGAGACUAUGGAACUCUUUCAAAUGGUGCCAAUCAGCAUGUGUGGCUUAGGCAUUCAAAAUCUAGGAGGUUUAGGCAGAAUUCUAAGGAAAAAAGGCUGGCAAAACAGCAGUCUCGUUCAUCUGAAGUCUCUGGGAAACCUUUUUCAAGGGAGAGGAGAUCUACCGAGACUUCCACAGCAUUUACUGGACCCAAGACUCUUGCUGAGAUUAAAGAAGAGAAGAAAAAGACUGAAGACCAGGGUGAUAUCUCUGGGAAAACAGGGAAUUCAAGCAUAACAUUGGCCGACUUUGAGGGACCAAAACCUCUGAGUGAAAUCCUCAAGGGUAAAAAAAAAGAGGCUGUGAGCCUGUGACUUUGAGGAUCAACAAUACUAGCAGCUGCUGAAAGAAAUUACUCUCAUUUUCUAAAACGUGAUAAGUUGUGCAGAAGAUGAAUACAGUGAAAUGUUAUUUGUUGUUAUAAGCAUUCUGGCUUAUGUCAUGACACUUUAAUAUCCUGGGAUCCAGUUAGUUACAUUAUUUGAUGAAGGUAUUGAUUUUGUUUCUAGACGAAGAGACUGAUAAGUGAAAGCCUUGAAGAGAAGUAGAGAAGGCAAUGAAAUUUUGUUUAGAGUUCUGUAACAUCUGUAGUCCCCAGAUAUUUUCUUCCUGAAGGCUAUAACCACAUAUUUCCAUUAGAAAAUUCGGCAUCACUGCUAGUAUUGAGCUUGUCUUGAUUUCAUGUACAGAGUUGCACAUUCUCAUUAGUACAUUUGUAAUGAGAUGUUCAGUUUUUUUGGCAUAUAACAAUUAUUUUCUCAUUAGAGAUUAGCUUGCUCUUCAAAA